AUGACCUCGAAAUUCCACGGCGCGUCCGCCCCUCAUCACCGGCUCUGCUCUCACACGCGCCGCCUCCUCCGCUUCUCCGUCGCCUCUCGGCUUCUCGUACUAUCCCUAAUCAUCGUCUGGCGAUCUCUGCUGAGCCCGUACGACACAUCCGCUUCAAUAAAUCCGCCGUGCCUCUCCUCCUCCGGCACAUCAGAUCUUCCGUUGCCGGUCCUCCUUCCGGGCUUGGGUUCGGUGAUCGAGGAAAGUAUUGUGUGGGAUGGAGUUUACUUUGCACGCAUCGCCGAGUGCGGAUAUGAAUACGAACAGACCUACGCCUUCUUGCCUUUGCUUCCGCUUUGCAUUUCCUUUCUCUCCAAAACAGUUUUUGCUCCACUAAUGCCUGUGAUUGGGUACAGGGCGGUACUGGGUUUAUCCGGUUACGUGAUCAACAACAUUGCUUUUGUUUUCGCUUCAUUAUAUCUUUAUCAGCUUUCAGUAGCUGUUUUGAAGGACCAAGAGGUAGCGUUGAGAGCAUCAGUCUUGUUCUGCUUCAAUCCAGCUUCCAUAUUCUACUCUUCAAUAUAUUCUGAGAGUCUGUAUGCUCUCAUGACAUUUGGAGGAUUGUAUCAUUUCUUGAGUGGCUCCAACUUAUUUGCAACAUUAUGUUUUGCUCUCUCUGGUUGUGCACGGUCAAAUGGGGUGCUUAAUGCAGGCUACUUUUGCUUCCGCUCUAUGCAACAAAUGAAAGAAGCUUUUAUUUCUAGAAAAUGGUCUUAUCUGCUAAUGACGAAAGUUAUUAUUGUCGGGGUUUCAUGUUCGAUUUGCAUAUUUGCUCCAUUUAUCUCUUUUCAAGCAUAUGGAUACUUUAACAUAUGCAAGGGUCGUUCUGCAGUUGAAAUGAGUCCGUGGUGCAAGGCGAGACUUCCUUUACUGUACAAUUAUAUUCAAAGCCACUAUUGGGGAGUGGGUUUUCUUAGAUAUUUUCAAGUUAAACAGUUGCCCAACUUUCUACUUGCUUCUCCAAUAUUAUCUCUUGCGGUUUGCUCAAUUCUCUACUAUGUCAAGCUAUGGCCUGAGGUGUUUCUCUCACUCGGCCUGCAAGUUUCACCAUUAUCGAAGAGGAAAGAAGGGUUAAUGAGCAGUUCUAGCUCCUCUCGGAAUGAUACUCCUAAUGCAUUGGCAGAGAGAGCUAUCAAGAGAGAAGUUUCGGUUAUGAAGCCAUUAAAAAGCAAAACACCAGAUAACCCACCAUAUGAUCCUGUUGUUCUUCUUCCUUUUGUUCUACACUUGAGCUUCAUGGUUGCUACUGCAUUUUUCGUCAUGCACGUUCAGGUGGCGACUCGUUUUUUAUCAGCUAGCCCAGUUCUGUACUGGUAUGCCUCUCUCAUUAUGGGAUCUCCUACUGUCGGGAGACUUUCACUCUCACAAAAGUUUUUACGGACUUGCAAAGGAAGUGAAGAGAACAGAACAAGCAAGUUUUCGAUGGCGUCGGCACCUCCGCACCGGGAAGUGCUCGCACUCUACCGUUCUCUUAUGCGGACGGCGCGUGUGUUUACGGACUACAACAUCAGGGAGUACGCCAAGCGCCGCACAAUCGACGCCUUCCGCUCCAACCGCAACCUCUCCGACCCUGCCGAGGCCACCGCCGCCUUUGCGGACGGCCAGGCGCAGCUCGCCGUCGCCAAACGCCAAGCUGUCAUCUACUCUCUCUAUUCUCCCUCCAUCAAGAACAUCAUGGAAAUCAAGCAGUCGUGA